CGAGGAGUGGUGACGAGGCGAGGCUGCGUGCAGCGACGGUGCAGAGCAGUGCAAUGGGAGCAUGGCGCCAUUCCUGCUCCCAUGCCCGCUCUGCUUCUGCUGUUCCUUGCCAUAAUACUUCAGCUCUCUUCAAUGCCCUUCCUUCCCUCUAUAUCAUGAGUUUUAUUGGGAUGGCGAGGUGGUGGCGAUGCUGGGGUCUGUAAUGGCGUUUUCCUCUGAAUCUUCUCGAACUUCUAUUCUUCCCUUCUUGCCCAACUCCCACCCGUUUCCCUUGCCUCAUGCCGCUUCUCUGUUUCCAAUCUUCACCUCCUGCUACGGCCUCGGAUCCUGCUCCGGUAGUAGUACUCUGGCCCCAGCUUCGGCAUCUCGGCCCUCGCUCCGAUGGUUUUCGUCUUCCUCCGGCUCCUCCAACACGCCGCCUGAGAUGCGAGACGUCAAAGCGUACAAGCUGCCACCAGUGAACCCCCCCGACAAAGAGAACCCCGACGCCGUGACGCUCCGAGCGCAGUGGGACAACGCGGUGAGAUUGUAUGGGAGGAUGUACUCGCAUGCCUGGGGAACUGCGAUUCUGGCAGGGGUUACGUUGUUUGGAAUUGGCUGGUACGUCAAGGGCGAGAAUCCCCUGAAGGCUUUGGACCCCACUGGAGAGAUUAAGAAGAAAGAAACGGCCGAUUAGGUUAUUGUGCGUGUUGCAUCCAGGUCUCGGAUCCCUAAGGCCGGACAUUAUUCUCAGAUCAGAACCCUAGAACUCUUAUGAGUGUCCUCAAAUUGUGAAGCCCAGAUUAUGCAAUGCCUCGUGGCUUUACAAGAUUUAGAGAUAGAGCCGAUCAGUUAGUGCUGACGCUUAAAUUGGUUUUCGCAACUGUCCUUUCUUUUGCAUGUUAGUUAAUGGUAGCAAAAGGGUACCUUGGUUCAAGCCUCAGCGAAGAAUUCAAUCGUGUGUUAUUGCUGACGGGGGCCAAGAUAUAAGAGCUUUUUAAUGAACGGAAUCGAACACAUAGAAAGUAUAUCCUCAACAAAGACUAGGAUAGUAGAUGUAAAUCUAGGCAGCAAAUGUACACAUGCGGCACUGAAAUCUUUUUAUGAAAUCUCUUUGGUUUUUCAUUGGUA